GAAGCGAAAGUCACCCAAACACAGACACGAUACGUGUCCUUAAAUAAACGAAUAAACUCUAUCCUUACAUAUUUCCCUCUUCUGAGUUUGAUUCAUCAACGCUGCUUCACCCUAUUAUCGCAAUGACAAAGCUGUCCCUGCCCUGAACUUAACACUUUCGAAAAUCAUUCUGUCCACAUUAAGGACAAUAUCGUCUUUCGAUCCCAAUUCCAGCUUCAUCUUCCUUAUCAAUUAUCAUACCUAUCCCUAUCGAAUUCCCUGUCAACCCUAGAAUCGUCGAAAAUUCCAUCUAGAUCCUCGAUCGAUCAAUGGCGACUCUCUCUGCUUACUCCUCGCCUGCAUGGCCUAAUCCAAACCCUAACGCUACUCUUCUUUCUCCUUCGCAAGAAGACACGGAGAGUCUAGACUCCCAAUCCCAAUCAUAUGAUUCUCUUUCUUCAAUGAUGCCUCAAGAUCACCUUGCGGAUCAGCUUUCGCCUGCGAAACCCAACCCUAAUUACCACGCUCCGGUAUCUUCGCCACCACCAGACUCCACGUCUCCUCUAGUGCCUGUUUCUUUACUCCACCUCUCUUUCAACCAGGAUUUUGGAUGUUUCGCGGCGGGUACCGACCAUGGGUUCCGCAUAUACAAUUGCGACCCUUUCCGGGAGAUCUUCCGCCGGGACUUCGAUCGCGGCGGCGGUGGUAUCGGAGUUGUCGAAAUGCUUUUCCGUUGUAACAUUUUGGCUCUCGUUGGUGGUGGUUCCGAUCCUCAGUAUCCGCCAAACAAAGUCAUGAUCUGGGACGAUCACCAGAGUCGCUGCAUCGGAGAGCUGUCGUUCAGGUCUGAGGUUCGAUCAGUGAAGCUUAGACGGGAUAGAAUCAUUGUGGUGCUGGAGCAGAAAAUUUUUGUGUAUAAUUUCGCAGAUUUGAAACUGUUGCAUCAGAUUGAGACAAUUGCAAAUCCCAAAGGACUCUGUGCAGUGUCGCAGGGGGCGGGUUCAUUGGUAAUGGUUUGUCCAGGAUUGCAGAAGGGCCAAGUUAGGGUAGAGCAUUAUGCGUCCAAACGAACUAAAUUUAUUAUGGCUCAUGAUUCGAGGAUCGCUUGCUUUGCUCUCACGCAGGAUGGGCAGUUGCUGGCAACCGCUAGCACGAAAGGAACUCUGGUUCGGAUUUUCAACACAGCUGAUGGCACCCUGCUCCAAGAGGUAAGAAGAGGUGCAGAUAGAGCAGAAAUUUAUAGUUUGGCUUUCUCUUCCACCGCCCAGUGGCUGGCAGUGUCAAGCGACAAGGGCACUGUCCAUGUUUUCAGCCUUAAGAUUAAUCCAGGAUCCCCAGGGACUGAUAAGUCAGGAAACACAACCGAUCCCAACAAUGCUGUCACAUCCCCAACCUCAUCUCUCUCGUUUUUUAAAGGUGUUUUGCCCAAGUAUUUCAGCUCAGAGUGGUCAGUGGCUCAGUUCCGAUUGGUUGAGGGUUCUCAUUACAUUGUUGCUUUUGGUCACCAAAAGAAUACAGUUGUGAUUCUUGGCUUGGAUGGAAGCUUCUACCGAUGUCAGUUCGACCCAGUGAAUGGUGGAGAGAUGACUCAACUGGAAUAUCACAACUUCUUGAAGCCAGAAGCUGCAUUCUGAAAGGACGUUCAUAUUAUAAAUUUCUUGGGGAUACGUGCAUAUAUAUAUAAUGUAAUUUUCUGUCCGUUUUUGGUGUUUCCUGAAUUAACUUGAUCUAGAAAUGACUGCAUUAUGCUGUAAAUAUGUAACUAUCUAUCUGUAAAGUACGUCAAAAAGGGAACCCAAAAAAAAGAAAAAAGAAAAAAAAAACAGAGGUGAGCGAAUGAGAUCAUUAUCUCUAUUUAUGUUGUAAUUACAUUAUAAUCAUAAUAUUAGACACCCUUAGUUAUUCCCAUUUCCCAGAA